AUGUAUGAAAUUCUCACCAAGCAUGAUUCUUAUCCUCUUGUUCUUAGUGCCAAAGGGGAUAUGAAAGAAGAAGUGUUCAAGGAAUUUAUUCGCGAAGUACAGCAAGCCCCCAACGAUUUCCAAGCCGUGCCGUUACAAGAGGAAGACCGCCUCAAAUUGCGUGCCAAGUAUAGUUCAGCGGUCUCAAGCGACAAAGAGCGAGCAAAGAAACAUCGAGUGGUCGGCGAUACAUGUUCCUAUGAAGAAAUGGUCUCUCUUGCAGAACACAGUGGGAGAAUGUGUACAAGAACAUUUAUGGUCGGCAGCUUCGAUUCGUCAACGGUACCACCGUAUCUAUUGCUGUCAUUCAACCGGAUCCACAAUCGCUAUGGAAGGUGUCUCCAACAACACCAUACGGAGAACCUUGAGGUGAUACUUUGGGUAUGCAACGCAGCAAUGGGAGCAGAUACAACAAGCGACCUCGACAACUGCAUCAACGCCUUGAAAAACACCACGUACUUGUUGGAUUAA